GUCCUACCUUGUUUCCAUGGUGAUACGUGGGCGGGCCAUAACCCGGAACAGGAAAUAAUUGGGUGUCCAUUUAUUUUGUUGGUCGGGUUAAGGCGGGUUUCCAGGUUUUUUUUGACUGAAGGAUCAUGCCGGCCGAGGAUAAACGAUGGGAGACCCUGGAGGCGCUGCGCAACUCGAAGAAAGGGCGACUGACCUACGAUACGAGCUGGCUGGAGGAGGGAGACGGUAUUUUGGAACAAUGCCAAUCGUCACCCAAGCUUUCUGUAACCUCAGCAUGGAUACUAGAUCAUUUCUCCCAACCAGAAGUGCAAUCCAAUGCCACAGAGAAUUUGGCACCUCUGAUUCAGGGUCUUGCUGGAAACGACCAAUUGCUGGAGAAGUCUGUUCCUUCUCCAGAGCCAAGAACAGAAGAGAAAAAUAAUAAUAAUGUGCAGUUGGUGCAGGAAUUGACUCCAGAACGUGCACUUCUGCUGCUUUCACCAGAAGCCACUCAGAUCGAAGGUUAUGUUAAAAUGUAUGAGGGAGUCCACAGAAUUAGGGGUCAGGCUGAGCUGAAGCAUCGUCAGGAACUCCAACAGAAAACUGUUCAGGAUCUCUCAAAAUCAUCUGCUGAACAAAUGAAGCGAUUUGAAGAAUCCUUGGAGCUUAAGCAACGUCAGGAAUAUGAGGAGAUGCGUGAUAUGAUGGAGAAAGGGUCUCUUGAAGCUCGAGGACGUCAAGAAAAGUUAAAGGAAGAGCACCGGCGCAAAGCAAAGAAUAUGAAUCUGAAACUACGAGAAGCUGAACAGCAGCGGCUAAGACAGAAGGAGUUGGAGCGGCAGAGGCAGGCAGAAAGUCGCGACCGACUGCGCCGGCUGAAUGCCAUCCAGGCAGAAGUGUUAAAUCUGAAUCUGCAGAUUGAGCCCUACUUAAAACAGAAGGAGCUGGUUGGACUGGACCUCUCAGAAUACAGUAAUCGUGGCAAUCAACUGUGCAGCCUGGUGUCAGGCGUUAUUAAGCUCACAUCAGAGGGUGGGUUGCUACAACAGGAGGACAUGCUGAAUGCAGAGCAAGCCCUGCUGCAAAUGAGAGAGUUGAUAGCUGCCAUGAAUGAGAAAAUUGCUGCUGUAGCAGCAGAGAAGAAGAGGAUAAAAGAAGAAGAGGAGAAAGCACUUCAGAAAAAGCAAGAAGUCAAAACUGAAAUAACAGCACCAGCUCCUCAACAGAAGCCCAGUCUUAAAGAAGGGCUGCAGAUAAAGGCAGAUUCAAGCACUUUGCAAUGGUACCAACGGUUGCAGGAUAUCUGUGAUCAAUGUGCAGCAUCCAUUAGUGAUCUUAACAACAGCAAGGAUAGUAAGGUUAAGAAGAUUAAAAUGGAUCUUCAGAAGACAGCAACCAUUCCUGUUGGUCAGAUUUCUUCCAUUGCAGGGUCUCACUUGCGUGAAAUCUUCGACAAGAUCAAUAACCUUCUCUUAGGCAAGCAAAUAUCAUCGGGUGGGAAGUUGGUGUCAAUUGCUCAUCACCCACAAGGUCAGGACUUCGUCUGUUAUAAACUGGCAGAAAAAUUUGUGAAACAAGGGGAGGAAGAGGUUGCAUCUCACCAUGAAGCUGCAUUUCCAAUAGCAGUGGUUGCUUCAGGGAUCUGGGAGUUUCACCCGAAGGUUGGCGAUCUUUUCUUGGCCCACUUGCACCGAAAGUGUCCCUAUGCAGUCCCGUUUUUCCCUUCAUGGAAAGACGGGUUACCAAAGGAAGAAUACCAAAGGUUAUUGGGUUACAGAGUGCAGGAAAAUUGUGUUGAGCAGCAGGACAACUUUCUAAAACGGAUGUCUGGAAUGGUUCGUCUGUAUGCAGCCAUCAUACUGUUGAGAUGGCCCUAUGGAACAAAGCAAGGGGAACAUCCACAUGGCCUGAAUCAUGCUUGGCGCUGGCUAGCUCAGAUGUUAAACAUGGAACCACUGGCUGAUGUAACUGCUACACUACUCUUUGACUUCUUGGAGGUCUGUGGUCAUGCUUUGAUGUUAAAGUAUCAGAACCAGUUCUGGAAAAUGAUCCUACUGAUCAUGAAUGAAUAUUUCUCCAGGAUUGAAGCUGUCACAGGCAAUGGGCAAGUUGGGGCUGUGAUCCGGUUACGGCAAUUCCUAGAGAAAUGCUUGAAACAAAAAGAUUUUCCUUUACCGAAGGGUUACCUACAGCCUGGAUUCUGGAAGUUAUGAACAAUCCAAAGGACUGGAUCAACAAGCCAAGGGAAAUUGAUUUGUUCUAGUCUAAAACACUUUUUAUUUUAAUUUUGUAUAUUAACAUUAAAAAUAAUGCUUAAUUCAAGUGGGAUUGUCAGAUUCAAUGAACAUUUUUACUUGAUUUGCCAUUUCUACUGUGACUUUAGGCUUUGCAUUGUUCUCGAUAAUGUUCAAAAUUUUGUAGACCACCAAAUAAUAGUAAGUGAUGAGGACAAGCUGUGUUUGAGAAGAUGUGUAUUUUAAUUGAUGUUUUGUGAUUUUGAGUUUAUUAUGUAACAUGAUAUGAAGUGAUCAUGUGACUAUUAUAGUAUGAAAUAUCAGCAUCCACUUUACUCAUAGAUUGCAUCAAGUAUGAUGGGAUUUAAGGAUGGGUACAAUAGAUGUUUCAUGAGAGUAUUGACAAGUUGUGUGAAGCCUUUAUAAGGUGCUAUAUAUUAACUUUGUGAAAAGAUAUGUGGUAUCUUGUGCUACGGUACAUUAAUAAUCUCAUGGUUUGUGUGAAUGGUUAAGCAACUUGACUGCCUGAGAUUUGGUGAGUUUAUAGUUUCCUUUUGAAGGCAAUGUGUUCUUUUUAAAUAUUGUUUUACCAACUUUUUGUUUGUUUCCAUUUGCUCUGUACCUUGAAAAGCUGGGAGGGCUCUUUACAUCAAACUUCCAAUCUUCCACCAAAAGCAUUCUCCCCUUGAAGGAAAAUUAUACUGAGCAAUGAUUUUAUUCUAUCCAUCCUCUUUGCUGAGGAGUAUUCUCUCUCUUUGGCGUUGUAGCAGAUGGGGAACUCAGCAGAUGGAGGGUUGGGUAAUUUAUUUUCCUGCCUUUUUCUGCUCUUCCCACAACUUUCUUUCACACACUUUUGAAGUUGUGUUGUGCCACUUCGCUGGGCAUAACACAAGGGACAAUCAACCUUGCAUUUAUAUGAAGCAUUUAGGAAAUUUGUAGCAAAUAAAAAGAGCCAUUUCAUCCAUCUGGUUUGUGCCAUUGAUCUCCACAUAAGCUGACUCUUGUUCUAUUUUCAUUUUUCCUAUAUUAAUUGAUUCUUCAAUUUCUUUCACCCUAAUGCACACCGAAUAGAAUAACGUUUAGUAGAUGUUGCUGUCAAUGCUGAACUUCUAAUUGCAUAGAAUUUGCCACAAGUUAAAAGGCUAUUUGGCUCAUGUAGUCUAAAUUUUGUAUGUUUUACCUGGAUGUUCUCACUUUCUACUUCACCUUGCCUCAUCUGCUUAAUGUUCUUUCUUUCUUGAAUUUAUUGAUGACUAUCUUGCAUUACAAGAGGUAUAGUCUUUUUUUUCUGCUUCUCAUAGCCAUUUAUAAUUUUAAAUAUCUCUAUCUCUCCUACAGUUAAUUAUAUUUUAGUUAAGAUUACUUUUAACUAAGAUAACAUUAAAGAUUUAAAUAGAGUUACAUUUUUGCAUCUUUUUUGAGUAGAGGAAACAGAUUAACUAGAUUUUUUUUAAAAAUGGAAAAUAGCCAUGUGAUACCAGUAUGUAUUUCUUCAAUGCAAGGAGAAAGUAGUCUUGAAAUGUUAUUGUUUGAAGAAAUAACAGAGCUCCAUUCAUAAACAAUUGUCAAAUGAGCAUAUGCUGUCCCACUUAAUUUUGAUCAUAGUGCUUUGUGUUGUGUUGAAUGUGUUAUUUUUGUCAAAAGGAAAUGUGUUAACUUUCCUAAAUGCAGUGGUUUAUGUAAUUUCUAUAAUUGUUGACUGUUUACAUCUUCGAGUAAUUCAGUAUUUAUUAAUGAACUUUUAUCCUUCUGUAUGCAAGAUGCAAAAACUACUUCCUUUUAUGUAACAAUUUUAGCAUAGCAAAAAUGUUUCAAGGCAUAUCAUAAGAGGAUUAUCAAGUAGAAAAUUGAUACCUGUCAUAUGUGGAAGUAUUGGGGCAGUACCAAAAGCUUGGUUUAAAAAAAACUUGGGUUUUAAUGAGAUGUGGAGAUUAGAGAGGAAAUUACAAAGCUUUAAAGAACUUGGAUCUAAAUGAUGGAGUGAUUUCAAAAUGAGAUUGCUGAAUAGGUCAAAAUUUGAAAUGUGCUUGUAAGUCUGAGGAGCUGAAGAAGAUUGUACAGGUUGGGAAGAGGCAAGACCUGAAAGCAAGGAUAAGUAUUUAAAGGUUAAUGCCUUAAUUAAAUGAAACAGAAUGGGCAAUCGAAAAUUGGCAUGGUGCAAUGUGGAUAACAUGUAGCAGACCUGUCUGUGAUAGAAGGUAGUUGGAAAGACGGGCAGGAAUACAUUGAAAUGUUCAUGUUUGGAGGUAAUAAGGAUUUCAGCAAUUGAUGAGCUUAGAUGGGAAGAGCUGGAUGAUCCAGAGUUGGAAAACAGAACAGUCUAAAACUGGCACAGAAACAAAACUCAUCUUGGUCAGAAAUGGUGCUAAGUUUGAGUACUUUGCUUAAUUUUCAGAAAGAUGCCAGGGUGUCGGUAACUAGAGAAUGGUGUUUGUGCCAAGUGCUCUUGGUUUUUUUCAGUCUUUAGUUGGAGAAAAUUUCUGCAGAUCCAGUCCUGGAUGUCAGACAGUCUGACAAUAGAGAUGGUGGUGGUUCGGUAAAGUUGGGUAUUAAUAACAUGCUUGUGGAAACUGCUGUGUUUUGGGAUGACGUUGCUGAGGGGCAGCAAAUAGAUAAUAAUUAAGAGGGAGGUUCAAGGAUAAAACUAAAGGAGACACCAGUAGUAACAAGUAUUUCCUGGCUACAACUAGAUAAGAAUGGUGCAGACAUGGGUCAUCCUGUGGCAAACAGCAGAUAUUGCAUGGAGGGAGGAUGAUGUAAUUAACUAUCAAGCUGCAGACAGGUCAAGGAGGACAGGAGAGAGAUUUCCUUCACCUUGUACAGGGAGUGGAAUAACACUAUUGACUCCAUCUGUCUUUUACUGGCUGACAAUGAGAAGCAUCAGCUGGGUUCCUGCUGAUCACCACUUCAAGACCUUUGAUGUAAAUUACAUGUCAGUUUGUGGUAAGUGACUGUUAAUUGCAUAUGGAGGUUUGUGAGCUGAUUUAUUUAAACCUUCAUUUUAAUCACUAAAUUACAUGAUUUACUUUAGUGUAUUUGGUUCUAAGGUGUUUAAAGUCUGUGAGUUUAAGUAAGGAAAAAAAACAUGCAAAGUAGCCUGGUAUAUAUAUUGUAUGUAUUUAUAUUCUCAGUUACUGCAAAUGAUCUGAAACAAAUCAAGCAAUGAAUGAAAAGUAAACAAAAUAUCUGCAAAUUAAGGAUUCCUAAACUAAACACCACUGUAGGAUUGGUAGAGUAUCUUAAUUAUAGAUUCCCUUCUGAUCAGAUAGGUAUAGACAAUGUUCAACUGAGUCAGCAGAUUAGAAAUUUCUAGAUUAAUUUCAUUAUUUGUUGAAAUAGCAUGAUGGCAGAAGCCCCAUAAACCUGGUUGCUCAUAAAAAUGUAUUAGAAGUGUUAAUGUUAAAAGUAUUUGAAAGGCAAUAAAUAAUUUCAGGUUAUGUUGAUGAU